AUGGGCGGGCGGGGUGAGCUUCCCAAGGCGAGGUCCAUUCUUAUCAUGGACAACAUGCACGCGCAGACGACGGACGAGUUCAAGGAGUAUCUUGCGAAGGAGUGCAACACUCUCGCCUGGUGUGGCCCUUCGGAGUGCAAGGACGACGUGCAGCCAGUUGAUGCAGGAGCCGGACGAUUUAUCAAGGUGGAAGCUGGGAGGAAGAUGGACAUGUGGCUCGAGCAGUCGAACAACCUCGAGAGGUGGGAAACCACGGCGCUGACAGCUUCUGAUCGGCGGGUACUGAUCACUCAGUGGAUGGGAGCGGCCAUGGCAAGACUCAACAGCCAACAGGCGUUCCGAUUCCGCCUUUUCGAAAAGUGCGGGAUGGCCAUGACUGUGGACGGCUCAGGCGAUGAUCGGAUCACCUUGGAGGGUUUGGACAAGCCGUGCACCUUCGCAAACGGUGAAGACUGCAGCGAGGACGAAGAGGGUUUGGAGAACGGCAGCGAUGAGCCUGAGGGGCGGGGGAAGGAGGGCGAUGGACGUGAGACGAUCGUGGAGGGCGCUGAUUCCAGCGAUGAUGAAGACGACGGCGGUAAGACACUCGCCACCAUGUACGACUACUGUGUGCAGCUGGAGCUAGACCAGAGUACGCGCAAGAUGAAGCUGCCCUUAGACAAGUACACCGGAGAUCUGGAUGCGGCGGUAGUCUCUUGGGUUUUGCUUGAGAGCGUUAGUAGAUCGGGGAGGGAGAGGAUCCUGAGUUUGGCGGUCGGGAGUUACCGCGGUCACGAGAUCGAGGGGGACGGAAAGGGUCCAGAGCUGGAGAGCCACGCCGCUCCGGGACAGGAAGACACCUCGCUGGGAAAGGCAAGCACCGGGCUGAUUAGGGAUGCAGCACGCACCGCCCGGCAGAGGCGGCAGGGUCGACUUGUUAGGGUAGCAACCUACAAUGUGCGUACACUGGCCGUGAACGGGGCCAACGGCUAUGGGAGAGCCGACAGCGUCUUACACGAGGCAGCGAAACAGGGCAUUUCGUUUGUCGGUCUGCAGGAGGUCAGGAGACCAGGGCGAACGGAGUUCGCAGCAUCCGGUUUUCGGGUGUUCACCUGUGGCACGGACAAGGGUGGUACGCAUGGCGUCGGAAUCGCUGUGGAGGAGACGCUGUGCAAAUCCUCCCAGUACACCACGGAGUACGUGGACGAGCGCCUCAUGGCUAUGAGGUUUGAGAUGAUGGGCCACCGCGGAGCGGUGACCUUCGUGGCUGCGUAUGCCCCAACAGACGUGGCCACCACCGAGAGCAAACACAUGUUCUGGGAAAAACUUGACAGUCUCGUGCGUCGUAUCCCCGCUAAGGAGUAUCUUUUCGUGCUCAUGGAUGCCAAUGCCCAGACCGGAGGAGGGAUAGCAGGGGAAAACGAAGGAACCAUGGGCGAGUACGGGCGCAAUGAGCUGAACGAAAAUGGUGAGCUGCUGCUGACUUUCGCCACGGACAACAGAUUAGCGGUCCUCAACACCUUCUUCGACACACGGAGGGGCGGGAUAUGGCAUACGUUCAACGGCCCGUCGGGACGCGAACGUAGGUGCCUCGAUUACAUCCUGACGCGCCAAGCACACCGCGACCGAGUGUCCAACAUGGAGGUCGUACCUCAGCCAGUGCGCCCAGUCAGAGCGGACUCAGACCACAACAUCGUAGUAGCCACCGUCGACCUCGGUGGCCGGCUGGCCCACAACCGACCUAUCCGGACCAACCCCAAACGGCGGCAGUUCAACCGACAAGAUCUGCAGGUCGAGGCAGCGCGAUGGGCUGUAUCCCAACGGUUUCUCUGCAACCUGCUCGCGAGGUCGGGCGCGCCGGCGACCACCACGCAGGAAAUGGCGAAGGAGUUCACGGAGGCCCUGCUCGGCGCGGCGGAGACGGAGCUGUCUGAGGAACCCCGGAGGCGGCGCACCACGGAAUGGAACAUGACCACCGCGGCACGGACAGCCCUGGCGACCGCCCUUGACAAGCGACGGGCUGCGCGACAUUCCUUCAAGGCCGGACCGAACGCAGCAACGUGGAGGAUCCUCAAAGCAACGUGCAAGGGGGUGAAGGCAACAAUCGCAACGAGCAUCUACGACCACCUGGAAAGAUACGUGACGGAGCUCGAAGCGAUCUACCAGGACCGCGACAUGCGGGGGCUGUACCAACACCUCAAGCGGUCAACGGGCCUCAGCGGGAGACAAGCUGGGGGGCAGCAGUUCGUUACAGACGAGAACGGCGUGCUACUCCGGAACAAGGAUGCCAUCCUCAAGCGGUGGCGGAGAUUCUUCAAUACCCUCCUGAACUCCAAGUCCCCCACUCUGAACCCAGACGUUGUCGAACAGGUGAUGCAGCGACCAGCGACGCGCGCCACCCGACACCUGGCGGCGGUACCAGACCUCGAGGAGGUUGAGGCGGCGACGAAAGGCCUGGGGAACUGGAAGGCGGUUGGUCCCGACCUCCUUGCCGCCGAACUGCUCAAGGUCGACGGCGACGACGAGCCAGUUGUACUGGAGCGCCUCCGUGCCAUCUUCGUCGAAGUGUGGAAUGGGGGAGAGAUGCCGCAGGAGUGGAAGGAUGCCAUCAUUAAGGUGCUGCACAAGAAGGGUGACCGUUCGAACUGCAACAACUACAGGGGCAUCUCGCUGCUCUCGCAUGUAGGCAAAGUACUCGCCAAGACCAUCACCAACCGCCUGAGCGCAUUCUGCGAAGCCAACGAAAUCCUCCCGGAGGAACAGUGCGGGUUCCGGCCUGGCCGAUCCACGGUAUGCAUGCUGUUCGUUGUGCGCCGACUCCAGGAGCUGGGGCGGAGGAGGAGAAUCCCGCUCUACAUGUGCUUCAUCGAUCUGCAGAAGGCAUAUGACUCGGUGGACCGGGAGCUACUGUGGAAGGUGCUGGCCCGGGCCGGGAUCCCCGGGGAGAUGAUCGCCGUCAUCCGCAAGUUCCACGUCGGAAUGCGGGCCCGGGUCCGCACGGACGAUGGGGAGCUAUCGGACUGGUUCCCGGUCACGCAGGGAUUACGACAAGGGUGCUCAAUGUCCCCACUGCUGUUCAACGUCUUCUUCGCAGCGCCUCUCGAGAUCAUUGUCACACGGUUCAGCCAAGAUGAGGUUAUCGUGCGGGACCUAGUGUACUUGAAGGAGGAGGAACGGAGGGGGGAGGGAUUGCUGGACCGAGUCCGGAGGGCGGUGUGGGGGAUGCUAUAUGCCGACGAUGCCGGCGUUGUGUCGAAGUCCGCCGACGGCCUGGCGAGGAUGAUGACCAUUAUCGUGGAGGUGUUCCGGGAGUUCGGGCUGACGGUGUCGGAGAGGAAGACGGAGACCCUGGUGAUGCGGGUGAAGGAGAGACAGCGACCGCCGCCGCCGCCACCGCCGGUGCUGACCAUCGAAGCAGCGGGGCAAAGGUACGCACAGACGACCGAGUUCCGAUACCUGGGCGGCCUCGUCAACGAGCAGGGCGACCUUACCCGAGAGAUCAACCACAGGAGCAAAGCAGCGUGGGCGUGCAUUAAGCGAUACGCCACGGAGCUCUUCGACCGACCGGGAGCACCGUUUCGCCUCAAAGCCCGCCUGCUCCAGGCGGAGGCAGUGGAGGCACUGCUAUACGGCUGCAUGACAUGGUCCCCACGCCGCAACCACUACGGAAUGCUGCAGACGACACACCACCGGCUACUCCUGCGAGUCAUCGGCUACCGGCGCAAACGAGGCACCUACCGGCAGCUGUCAUACGCCCAGGCGCUAAAGAGGGUCGGCUGCCAGAGCGUGGAGGCCACUGUCCGUCAACGGCGCCUGCUCUUUGCGGGGGCCGUGGCAAGACAGCCGGACGGGCGGCUUCCGAAACGGCUGAUGUUCGGCGAGUUGGUGGGAGGGGAGGACCCGGGCCAGGGAAACCCGGAGCAGAACUGGCUGACAUGCCUGAAGGACGACAUGAAGAUGUUCGAAGCCAGGUACGGCUCCACGACCGACAAGCCGAGCGUCUUCGGAGUCCCGAAGUUAGUCUGGAGUGAGGCGGCGAAGGUGGAGGGGGGGGUACCGUGGCACGCGGGGGUGCUACAGGGAGCUGAGAGGUUCAUGGCCUCUUGGCACAAGGGCAAGGAGGAGGCCAGCCGACAACGAGCCAUCAAACGAGGAGACAGCGGGCCCAAAAAUAGUCUAGAUACGGCACCAAUCAACGGGGCGGUAGGGGGGCGGAAGGAAACGGCGCGGCGGGAAGAAAGCAAGCGAGAAGAGACCGACCGCGUGACGUGACAUGUUGCGGUCGAAUUUCAACGACUAAUUUUUCUGUUGCCCUCUCCCCCGUUUGCUGUCGCGUUCAGACUGUCUCUAGGGAUAUCCCUGUCUCUGUGCGAGUUUGUUUGUGUCCUCGUCUUUGCUUUAUUCUGUUUUAUUUUGUCUUUUGUUUUGUUUUUUACUGGCACGUACCCCCGCCCCUUCCUUUGGCCGUCGACCUGCCUCCAUGUAGUGGGAGGCUACCCCCCCAGGCUGGUGGUGCGGCCGUUCCACUAGUCUAAUUAUUUAUUUUAUUUUUAUUUUAUUUGUUUCUGAUUAUAUUUUGUUUUCUUGUAUUUUAUCGCUCUGCUGACCCUUGGGGUCCAUUUUAU